GGCCAACCCACGCACCGGGAAGCCAGAGCUGGUCUCACAGCUAAAGCUGUGGCCCCCCUCAUUCACGCCCAGCCUCCCGCCUCACCUGACCUCUUCUUCUGCCGCCCACUCUUCCUGUGGAUGCCCCAGAAGAUGUGGCAGUUCCCUCUGACCUGCGUCCGCCCAGCCUGUGCCAAGCACAGACUCACCGCCGCCGGAGUCUACAGGACGGUGCGGAAGGUGCUGGACAUCGACGGCUGGUACGACCUCGCCACCGAGUACCUGGAGUGCAAAGGCUGCUCCAAGAAGUAUCCAGCGUGGUCGGAAGACAUCUUGGGCCAGCUGGAUAUGGGCCACCGCAGCCAGUUCCCAGCUCUGCUCACUUACAGAUACUCGUGUGGCGUCCGCGUGCUGCGGAUGAUGAGGGAGAGGACGAUGGGCAACAUCGCGACCCAGCUGUUCAAGAAGCUGCAGGAACAGCACAGCGAGGCGUGGAUGGAGCGCGUCCUGCAGUACCUGUCAGCUUGUGAGCCCUUCGCUCGGUCCGCUGUUGUCCGCCCCCCCGUCUUCGCUGAGCCUCCCUGCCUACCUGCCCUCCCCAAGCCCAAGUGGCUGCUGGCUGUGUACGCUAGGGAUGUGCUCAGCCGGCUGCACGAGGUGAAGGCCAAGAUCACCUCCAUCUUUGGCUCGGUCCUCAAGAUGGACUCCACCAAGAAGGUCACGAAGAAGCUCGCCGGUGCUGCCACAGGUACAGCUGCCUGGUGCACUAAUGUCGGGAACGAGUACGGCCAAGUGCUCGUCUCAGUCCCGACAGCUGGUGAGGGACAGGCGCUUGACGCCAUGGCAGCUGGCCUGGUGAGGCGGUACAGUGAGGCGGGUGAGGCACCUCCCAAGGUCAUCUAUGUGGACAGAGACUGCUGCAGCCAGCGUGGCCCCUGUCGGGUGAAGGCCAUGUUUACAGGGUGGGAUGAGCUCCAGGUGCGCCUGGACAUCUGGCACUUCAUGCGGCGAUUUGCUGCAGGUGUCACCACGGAGGCUCACCCCCUGUACGGCGUGUUCAUGGCCCGCCUCUCCACCUGCGUCUUCCAGUGGGACCCGGAGGACGUCGCCGCUCUUCGCCGCGCCAAGGAGGGCGAGCUGGCAGCGAGGGGAGUCGGCCACAUCUCCGAGGAGGCGGUGACCACGCUGAUCACCCGGAGGGAGCUGGCGCUGCACUGCAGGAGGAGGACACGGGGGGCGGAGGAGACCAGCAGACUGAUCGGGUCCCUCAUCAGUCUGUUUGACAGCCCGAGCGGGAAGGACACUCUGGGCGUUCCUCUGCUGGACCACGAGCGGAUCCAGCAGAUCUGGAAGGAGCAGCAGAAGCACCUGAGCUGUAUCCAGGACCCGGAGGACUUCCCGCUCUACAUCAAGACUGGCACCCUGAAGAAAGGCAAUGUAGAGCUGUGCUCCUACAGGUGUGCCUGGGGCUCCACCUCCCUGGAGUCCUUCCACCUCCACCUCAACAGGAAACAGUGCCAGCGACGCCCAUUUCCAGGCGUACCUUCUGGACGGGCUGAUGCGCUGGAACGAUGA